UCCUUUACAUAGGCAAAAGUCUGACUCGGACGCCAUUGCAGCUGUAUCAUAUGGACUGCUAGAGAUGGCCUUACCGGUGCAUGCCCGGCCCGAAGCACCGUUUUGCUCGGCUAAUCAUUGCCCCUUCCGGCUCCCGGCCCCAGCCGGCCUUGUGUGCACUCUCACCGACGACCCCGAGCUUGGCUCACUUUAAAUGCCCCGGUGAACUGGCCGUCGCAGGCUUCCCCUCUGCUCUCCAUUCCCCAAACCUUGCACCCCUCGUCGCUGUGUCAGUGAUCGAGUCGGCCUGAUCGGUUCGUCCCGGGCGCGAGGAGCUGAUCCAUCCGGCGGAGACGAUGGGGGAGUGCCUGUCGUGGGUACUGGGCCUCCUCCUGCCGUCGCUGUGGGAGGCCGAGGUGGCCGUCUCCGCCGCGGCGCUGCUCGUCGCCGUGCUCGUCCUCUUCCUCUUGUCGGACCAGCACUCCAAGCCCGCCGCCGCCGCCAGCAGCGACUCGUCCGCCUCCUCCCCGCAUUCUUCUACGAUCGCAAGCUGCCACGGAGACGCGGGCCGCGGCCGGAGUUGCGCGAGGGGGAAGGCGGUCGCCGAUAUCUCUUGCGCUCGGGGUGCCGGCGGCUACGCAAUCAAGCUGGAGCUGCUGUCUGCCAAGUACCUGAUCGGCGCCAACCUGAACGGGGCCUCCGAUCCUUACGCCGUCAUCUCCUGCGGCGACCAGAAGCGCUUCAGCUCCAUGGUGCCCAGCCAGAGAAACCCUUUGUGGGGAGAGGAAUUCAACUUCCUGGUCGAACAACUCCCGGUAGAGGUAACCAUAACAAUAUAUGACUGGUACAUUCAAUGCAAAUGCAAAGUUAUUGGAUCCGUAACUAUAGCUGUCCUGAGUGAAGACGAAACGGGAGCCAGUUGGUAUGAACUGGACAGCAAAUUUGGUCAGAUCUGCUUGCGUCUAUGUUCAACUAAAGUAUUUCCGGCUUCUGAUAGCUUCUUUGAUGAAUGUACUGGAAUUGAGUCCCCGAGAAAGAUGAUACUGAGUAAGCAACGCCAGGCGAUGAUUGAAGGCAUUGGGCCUCUGCAAACCAUAUAUAAACUUCAACAUGAUGAUAUUGUUCAACAUAGUUACUCCUGUGCUCUGGAGAGGUCUUUCUUACACCAUGGCCGUAUGUACAUCUCCCAAUGGCACAUGUGUUUCCACUCUAGCGUAUUCUCCAAACAAUUGAAUGUGAUUAUUCCAUUACAGGACAUAGACGAGAUAAAAAGAAGUCAGCAUUCUCUUAUCAACCCAGCUAUUACCAUUUUUCUUAAUGCUGGUACAAGUGGUCAUGGAGUACCUCGUUCGUGCAACCAAAAUGGAAGGGUUAGGUACAUGUUCACAUCAUUCUGGAAUAGAAACCAUACAUUUAGAGCUCUAGAGACUGCACUACAGAGUUAUCGAGCAACCUUUGAAGCUGAAAAGCAGAUGAGAGCACAUUUACUUCUACAAAGAGGAAGUGACGAUCUAAUCAAUAGUAAGGCAAACAACAUAAAGUCAGCAAAAAAAAGCAUCGAAAAGGAUAUAACAUUCCAGCCUUUCAUCAACAAACAUGUUCUUGUAGACGUAACCAGUAAUACUUUCCCUGGUACAACCGAGAAGUUUUUCAGUGCCAUAUUAGGUGACAAUUCAAUGUUUUUCCAGCAAUAUCGAGAUGCAAGAAAAGAUACAGAUUUAAAGCUGAGCAAGUGGUGUGCCUCAAAAGAGUACGGUGGCAAAGUUCGUAAAUUGACUUUCAGGUCGCUAUGCCACAGUCCUUUGUGUCCUCCAGACACCGCAGUAACAGAAUGGCAGCAUGCUUCUUUCUCAAAUGAUAAAAGAAACUUGAUCUAUGAGACAAAGCAGCAGGCACAUGAUGUUCCAUUUGGUUCCUACUUUGAGAUCCACUCCAGGUGGUCGCUAAGAACAACCUCCAGUUCGACAUGUCAAAUAGAUAUAAAGAUUGGGGUAAACAUGAAGAAAUGGUGCAUUCUACAAUCCAAAAUAAAAUCUGGAGCAACUGAUGAGUACAGGAGAGAGGUUUGCAAGAUUUUGGAGGCUACCUGUGAUUAUAUCCUCAAGUUUGAGUCGAACAGCCAAUGCAGUGAUGAUAUUGUGGUGGCAUCUUCACUGUGAAAAUCCGCAGAUGAAAAUCACCCACACAGUUCCAUGAACACAUACAAGCACAGUGCAAACAAGUUUGCAAGAUUUUGCAGGGUGAUUGUGAUCACAUCACGAAAGCUGAGAACAAUCAAGCCAGCUAUGACAUUGUGGAGACAUCCAUGAAAAGUUGCGAUGGAAGGCACCAAUGGAAUUGCAGCCACACAAAUAAGAAGCUUCAGACCAUGGAGACACUCCUGCAAAGUAGCAAACCGGUAUCAUUGUGCCAUUCAGUACAUCAACCAAGCAAUCAUAGAAGUGACCCACUUUAACCUUUCCACUCGAUAACAAAACAUGUCAAAGUUGAAGUUCCAUAUUUCAAGCUUCAAGAGAAAAAAGAAACCCAAACUUCCAUAAGGAUUGGUGCAAUUUGACUUCCUAUGGAAGCUAGUGCAAGCUAAUGAAUUACCUUGGCGUGUGUGGGUGUGUGUUGUAAGGGUUCCUACCCUUUUCCUUCUUCUUUAAUAUAAUGAUACACAACUCUCCUACAUGUUCGACAAAAAAAAAAAGAUUCAAACAA